AUCUAAAGGUUAAUAUUUACGAAAUCCGCCACUGCUCUAAAGACUGUAAUCUUCCUUCUUGGUCCUGCAGAUCCAUGUAUGAAACUUCCCCUGAACCCUAAUUUAGCUAUUCGAAUUUCGAUGUUCACUUCUAAAUCCUCGAUUCGUCUCUGAAUAACUCCAUCGUAAUCGAACUGAUUUCAAGACGGUUCGUUUCUUUUUCCUCUUAUCCCAGAUUUCUUAUUCUUCUCCUCUCGCCGCCACAGUUUUCGAAGGUGAAUUUGUGUCCAUGUCUUGGAAAGGAGCCCGAGGAAAACCAAAAGGCUAUGGCGGCGAUUAUGGCAAGCCUGAGCCUUUUGUGAUUUUCCCUGAAAUUACGUUACCAGAUCCAAAAUCAAUCUCAACAGACUCGCAAUUAGUUCAAAGCUACUUUACUUUCAAUAAGUUUUGGAGGAAUUCUCCUUAUCACUUAGGCGAUGGUGGUGUUUCUAAGAAAGAGAAAGAGAGUUUGAACAUUGAGAGGUACUCAGAUUCGUUGAAGCCGAAGAUGAAGUCUAAUAAGAAUGGAUCUUUCUUUGAUUUUCUUGUUCUUAGACCUGAUAACUUCCCUAAAGAACUUCUUGGAGAUACUCGAAGAGAACAACGGCCUGUGAAGAGAGCUAAAUGGAGUCAAGAAGCUGAUUUGCAGAAAUUGGAUGUGUUUGAGAAGCUUGAAGCUAAGUUUAAGGUUGAAGGCAAGGAAGAGAAAGAAGAAGGGGAAGAUGAUGAAGAAGUUGUGGAAUCAGAAGGAGAAGAAUCUGAUAACGGAGAUUAUGAUCAGAAUCAAGACUUUGAUGAUGAUGACGACGAUUAUAAUAACGAGGAUGAUGGAUUAGUUGAAGAGGUGUAUUAAGCUGCUUCUCCUUUUUCCCAAAACAAUCAAGUUUUGCAGUCAAGAGAAGCUAAGCCUGUCCCAAGCUUUAGUUUUAUUUAAAAACUCUCAAGGCAUUUAUUUGUUUUGUUCCCUUGGUUCUUAUCAUAUUGGAACCAUCCCCUCGAACUGAAGAAUAUGAAAUUCAUGUUCAAGCGUACAAAUUUCUGUUUGGUUG